UGCAUGAAAUAAAGCUCCGCAUGUUUGCUUUUGUCUUGCAGAAUGAAGUACGCACAGUAUGUUUUCCUGGCAUCGAUCCUCUCCACUAUCGAAUAUAGCCUAGCUCAGACCUGCGCAGUGGAGUCUUUCUCUGUGAAGGACAAUUUUGAUCCAAAAAGGUAUGCAGGGAAAUGGUAUGCCCUGGCCAAGAAGGAUCCAGAAGGCCUUUUCCUUCAGGACAACAUCUCUGCUGAAUACACCGUUGAGGAAGAUGGCACAAUGACAGCAUCUUCCAAGGGCCGAGUGAAGCUUUUUGGGUUCUGGGUGAUCUGUGCUGACAUGGCCGCUCAGUACACCGUGCCGGACCCAACCACUCCAGCAAAAAUGUACAUGACAUACCAGGGCCUGGCAAGCUACCUGUCCAGUGGUGGGGACAACUACUGGGUGAUUGACACCGACUAUGACAACUACGCCAUCACCUACGCCUGCCGCAGCCUAAAGGAGGAUGGCUCCUGUGACGAUGGCUACUCCCUGAUCUUCUCUCGCAACCCCCGUGGCCUGCCCCCCGCCAUCCAGCGCAUUGUGCGCCAGAAGCAGGAGGAAAUCUGCAUGUCUGGCCAGUUCCAGCCUGUGCUUCAGUCAGGUACCUCGAGCUGCUCCGCACACUCGCUGAAAAGGCUGCAUGGGGCCUGCUAA